AUGUUGGACUCUGGCAACGAUAGGGGACAUAACAUUUUGACUUUGUCUUACAAUGCAGAAUUAACUAACAAGACCCCAGUAUAUGCAAAACCACCUAGAGGUUAUGUCCCAAAAGGUUUUGAGGUUCCAGAAGGUAAAUGUUGGAAGUUGAAGAAAUCACUUUACGGAUUAAAGCAGAGUGGUUUUGAAUGGUAUACACAUUUCACUAAAAUUCUAUUGGAUAUGAAAAUGAAACAAUGUCAUGAUGAAAAGGCUAUGUUCCAUUACGAGACGAAGAAAGGUACGAAACUGAUCGUUGCUUUAUACGUUGAUGAUGUACUUAUCGCUGCUUCAAAUGAAAAAAUGAUCCAAAAAUUUGUGCUGUUAUUGGAAGACAAAUUUGACUUAAAGUAUUUUGGAGAAGUUUCAGAAUACCUCGGAACUACAUUUAAGAAAACAGAACAAGGGUAUGAAAUACACCAAGAAAAAUAUGUCAAUGAUGUGGUUCAAAGAUUCAAACUUGAUGAAAUUACACACGAUAAACGCAUACCAUGGAUCCCGAAGGAAUAUUCACGAGACAAAGUCGUUAAAUCCACAGAUAAAGAAAAUGAUUUCCAAAAAGUAGAGCCACCUGAGCCAUUAAGUGAAACUGAGAAGAAAGCAUUUAUGAAGGGAGUUGGGACAUUGAACUGGUUGGUACUAAACACGAGAGCUGAUUUGUCAUAUCCAGUUGAAGAUUUUGAAAAAGCAAUACAAGCAAACUGGGGAGCAAUUAAAGAACAUCGACGUCAACUCACGGCAGCAGAAGAGGCAAGAAUCGCCGACGAACUUACCGAAGCUUUACAUAAGGAACCUCCCGAUCCAGUCGAAGAUCUCCAACAGGAACUCAACAAAAAUCAUGGUUUAAUCCGCCAAGCUCGAAUAAAAGCUGUAGCAGAUGAAGAAGCUAGAAUUGCUGAAGCACUCCUUACUAAUUCUAAUGAUGAAGGUGACAUAAUUUCUGAACUCGAUAAAGAAUUAGCAGAAAUUAGGGGAGAAGAGACCCACAUCAUAAAACACGUGGACACUGAUUCAAAACCGGAGAGUAAGGCAACCCAUUAUAAAUGA